AUGGAGUUCACGGAUUACAACUUAUCGAAGCAGGAAAAGGAGUUAGUUGAGAGUUUCAAGGUAAGAUUUAUACUAUUAUUACGAGUACUCUGAAAUUUCUGAACUUUCAGACAAUAACUUGCACAGAAGACACAGAAAUGGCCGUUGCCAUUCUGGCGUCUGUGGAAUGGGAUGUCCAGAGUGCUCUCCGGGACUUUCCGAUGGAUGGACAGCCUUUGGAUCCUGUCCACUCGCCGGUGUCCAACACUUUCACCAAUUAUCAAGGGGUGGAUUUGGGGGCUGCAAACAAUGAACCGAAUGAUGGAACAUAUUCACAGAAUUGGCACCAAGAAGACACAAGUUCACCUGUUGAAAGUGUUGAAAACAAGGUGAGCUAUCGUUCAUCAUUCUAUUUUUGAGCAUUCAAAUCAGUUUUUGAAUCAAACUAGAAUAAUAAUUUAUGGGAAUUUUUUAUGGCUCAUUCUGAACUAUAACAUGUAUUGUUUUGUUUGUUCGGAUGACCAAUGAUCGCCUCGUCCAGGACUCAAGAUUCUAUAAUAGUUUUGAUGAAACGACCCGGUUGAGAACUUAAUUGUCCGUGCUUGUUUCUCGUUUUAAUUUUUUGUUUUUUCAGAUAUCCUUGUUUCCAGUCACAAUGGAAUCAGAACAGGUCGCUGUGGAUGCGUUCGCUUGGAAUUUCAUCAGCCGCUUCUCUCGAACACCUCCAUUCUUCACAAAAACGUUUCCAGAAGCCGUAAAAGAGGCGUUUGAGCAGGAGGAUAGCAAGAAUUGCCGCCCAAUACUCCUAUACAUUAACAACGAUAAGAGUUUAAGAACCGACGAGUUUACUUUAGAGGUUUUUUGCAAUGAGGUCAUUCAAGAUCUUAUCAAGAAAUAUUUCAUCUUGUUUCCAUGGGAUCUCACUGUUAAGUAAGCUCAAGACGCAGGUUUUCCGUUGUUCUAAUUUGGAAAUUUUUUUAGUGACAACUACGAUCGUCUGGAAGCGUACUUGCUUCAGAAGAACCUGAAAUCUCUAAAUAAUUUAAUUCGGAGCAACAUGCUGGAUCAUGAGCAGUUAUUUCCCAUUAUGUCCAUUAUUUACGGAGGUCCGUCAGGCUAUCAGUGCAUCGGAAAUAGUAACAAUAAGACAACGGUGGACGAAUUGAUGGACAAACUGAUCCUGGCUAACAGCGAAUUCCGGAAGCGACGUCAGAAGGAGGAAGGCUUGAAGAAGAAGCGUGAAGAACGGAAUAAGAUUGUGGAAGAACAGAAUGCCGCUUACUCGAAGGUGGUUGCUGAUGACGUUACCAGACGGGAAGCAAUUCUGAAAGCAGAGGCACAGCAGCAGAUGAAAGAACAAUUGAAGGCCCAAGAAGCGGAGGAAUUGAAACGUUUGAAACAAAACGAGGAAGCUCUAAGGAAGCAAGUUGAAAUCAAUCUGCCGGCUGAACCAUCUGAAAAGGAAGAGAACAUUGUAACUGUCAAAUUUCGAUUUCCAAAAGCAAAGAAAGAAGUGAGUUAAUCAUUUCAAUUAAGAAUAAGCAAAUGAAACAUUUUCAGGUGGAGAGAAGAUUUCGAAAGAGCGACAGUCUUCAGGUCCUCGUGGAUUUUCUGUUCACACAAAAGUUUCCAGAACGCAAAUACUGUUUUUUUACCUGGCCGCACAAAAACAUUACUGAUAACUAUAUUCUGACGACGACGUUUGGCGAAGUGAACUGGCCAACUCGAGAGACGGUUAUAAUUGACAAGCGUUGACUUUUUUUGAUUUAAAUAACUCAAAAUUCGGUCUUUAGGAUAUUUCGUGAUGUAUUAUUCCCUGAAGAAGUGUUGAAAGAUAUUGUAAUUUGUACAUGAAAAGUGACCGAUUAUCAACAAUUUUCGACGGAACAUUCUAUUCAUUGCAAAAAAAAUUCAGCUUGAACUCUAUCAAAAAUGCAAAAAGAUUCUAGCAGUGAGCGGUUUCGAUCCACAGACCUCUGGGUUAUAGGCCCAACACUCUUCCACUGCGCCACGCUGCUCUUCUAAGCCUGAAACCCGGCGUAGCCGGCGGCAGGCUUGUAAAUUUCACAAGUGAUGAUUCAUUGAAUGUUUUGAUCAAUGAUUCUAUCUCUCGCAAUGAGAUGAGUCACCCAUUUUCUUACAGCUGAAAUCUGCCCGGUUCUGUGAGCUUACUUACUUUUUUUGUUGCUUUUAUCUUAUUUAUCUAACAUUGCAUUAGGGUAGAAAAAUAUCGAAUGUAUUUGUUAAUCAAGUUUUGCUGCUAUACUGUUUUGUUUUCCGAUGUUGUAAUGCUUUGUCCUUUUAAGAAACAUCUUGUUUUCAGAUCAUGAUUGAACUUGUUCUCUUUGUUCUGCUCGUUUUCGGAACGCAUGUGGCAGAAUCGGACGGAAACAACUUUCCGGUCCCCCAAUUCGGAAUCGUUCGUCCGGGGCAGUAUUUUGAGUUUGAUUUCAAACGUGAAGUCAUUCUGAUGGCAAUGAAUGAAAAAAAAAUGGAGCUCCCGGAUUGGAUCAGGUUCAACGGUCAGAGAUUUUAUGGAAUCCCGAGAAUAAACAACGUAGGAGUAAACCCGUUUUCAGUGAGUUUGCAAUUUUAUUUCCAAUUCAUCACGACUCUUUUUUUUAGUCGACUAUUGACCAAAGAGAUACGUGCUGUUAGAAGCUGUUAGAAAAGGAAAAAACGAGAUCAUUGUUGAAAAGCACUUUUAAGGUCGUCCCCUACAAACUUCCUUACAUGAGCGAUACUGACUUCUCCACAUUCAAUCUAACGGUCGAAGAGGAAAAGAACACCUGCUACCCGUUUAUUCCUUAUUGGAUAUUUUUCCUCUUCGAUGAAUCAAGAAACGUUUGUAACUGUAACUCAUUUUUACCAAUUUUUUACUAAAUUUCAGGUCGAUUCGAAAGUCCGCAGUCUGGUUCAGUUGGCAGAGUUCGGCAUCCCUAUCGAAGAGUUACGGGUGUUCAACAUGGAGUACGCGGUCGUCAAUUUUUAUGAGCACCCGAAUGAAAAAAUUGAGGAUUUGCUGACGCCCGGCUGUGAAUACGUCGUUGUAUGGUUUGUCGACUGUGCCCGGUUCAAAUGGGUACGUGACAUCCAUCGGAAUCUGGGACUUCUGAAGGAACCGCCGUUUUUCGACUACAAAAUCAAGUAUGGAGAAUUCAUCCAUCAUAGAACGGCGCUGCUUCCUGAACUUACCGAACGCGCUUCUGUCCUACCGGAGGACAUCCCGGAAUUUUUCGGUGCACCUCCUCAAGCAGACGAUGCGAUGCUACCAACUGAAAGUGAUAACGAAACGGUGAUAAUCGAGCCUCCUAUGACUACUGAAAUCUCCAAGACACAACACGAAGUCAUUGCUCCUGAAAUUGCCUCACUCGACACUGUUCCCGAUUUCAGUGUACCGCCAAUUGAAUGCGUCAGGUAUUUGCUCCUUCUAAAAAUCCGUUUUUUUGGCACGCGCUUUUUAUUGCAACAGUUAAUCACAGAACAAGAAUAACCAGGAAAUGUAUGGUUAUCAGACAAAAAAUCUGUGUUAAAAAGUAAAAAGCGAUUGUGAAGGUGCGACAUGAAAAUUGAAACACUUUUUCUGACCGCCCGGAAGACAGUUCGUAUAAUGCAUUUUUCAGGGGAACAAUUUGUGAGAUUGGAUUCGAAACGCUUAAACUGAACAGUUCUCUGAACUACGAGAAUCUCACCGUUCGCGAAGACAAUCACGAUGGCUGGAAGCUGGAGAUGAAAGAAUUGAAGAUAAUCGGAGUCCCAAUGAACGUCGGACCAUCUACUUACUACUUCACCCUUUACAAUUCCACUCAAACAACUAGAAUCCCGUUCAAUGUCCUUGUGCUCAAGCCAGCUCCCGCGAACUAUUUGGUCAAGCUUGAACUUCAUUCUCCUUCAAUCAACGAAUUUGUGCGGAAACCGGAAAUCCGCGUGAAUUUCAUCACGACAAUCUCUACAGCGCUAGGAGCUCCCGUUGAUCAGAUUCGGUUGUACACCAUUGAAGAAGGAAAUCAGAAAAAGAGGACGAUUGUUGAGUUCACGAUCUUGAGUCUGUGCCCCAUUUAUUGUGAGUGUGAUGUGAAUGGAAUCGACAAUCUAACCAAAACAAUCCUGGUGGGAGCGAACGAUCAGACAGGAAUCAGAAAGGAUUUCAUUCGUGCCAUGGGGGAUGAUUUCCAUGUUCGCAGCGCAGAAAUCGUUCUGCCAGAAAUGUGCCAAAUGGAACAGUCUCUUUUGGCCGCCUACUGGAAGCCCGUGCUUGUCUUUUUGAUAGUCGUCUUGAUUUUGUUAGCUGCCGGCCGGUUUAUCGCUUCUCGAUGCCAGAAGAAAGCAAGAGCCCGAGGAGCGGAUCUCGAUCAGAUUCAGAUGCUGAACCUGAGGACACAGAACUUCGUGGCUUUCCAUAAUUCUCAUGUGAGUUUGUACUUAUUUCUUCAAUGUCUUCAAUUAAUCAAAGUUGAAGGGGAAACUCAUGUAAUUGUCAUGAACCCUAUUCUGUUUCAGUUCAAUCCCGAGGAUUUCAACAACAUCGAACAAGAGCAGCAUGAAGAGGAGGAGACGGCUUUCUGA